CGGCUACCACAUUCAACAAAUGAAUGUGCAAUUGUUGAUAACGUAUUCUAGGAACCAUCUGACAAGUAUACAAUAGCAUCUGCUCUUCGACGCCACAGCUUCACAUAGGGUAUCUUUGACCAAAUAGCAAGAGAGUACGAGUAGUCGGACCAAGACCGGCGGCUAUUUAUCUUCGAGGACAAGAAUCAUUCGCGAUACAGUCAAGAUACAAACUGAGGCCCCCGUAUCACCAGAAGCCGUCAAGAUAGGUCCUUCCGACAUGUGCUCCAUGGCUCCUUCCACGCACAACCAAUCUCCCCACAGUUCCAACAAUGAAGGCAAAGAAGAACCCUACCACCUCUUCGACGACGUCCUCGACCUCACCUCAGCCAAAUCUGCCGACCACGACCUCCACUUUCUCACCGCCCUCCGCUCAACCCAUCCUGACCACAUCAUCACAACUAUUCCUGUGACCAACAUCCCGCUCCUAGCCUUUGCCUCUGCAGGUUUCGCCACUUCGAUCCUCGACCUCGAAACGGACUCUUUCGCUUCCUGGCGUGGAUACAUAGGACCUUCAGGCCAAGCGCGGAAUGGAAGUCUGGCGGAGAAUGUGCACUUCGCAAAGUAUCGGUAUUUGUGGCGGGAGAAGGAAUUUGUGGUUUGGCUUGUGGGAGCAGUGCAGUAUGUGGCGCAUGUGAGGGAGAAGGGUGAGCAUCCUUUGGGGCCGAGUAGGGUGACGGAUGACUUGAUUAGGGCUGUGGGUGGGUGGUUGUUGGAUGGGGUUGUCUGGGUAUACGAUGGAUACUGGUAUCAGGACAAGAAGCUUUUCCAGCAGGUGCAGAAGGCGACUUGGGAUAAAGUCAUCCUGGAUGAGAACAUGAAGACGGAGCUGACUGAAGUCUCAGAGAAGUUCUUCAGCAGUAGGGACGUUUAUGAUGACCUUGGUGUGCCAUGGAAGCGAGGUCUACUCUUCCACGGACCACCAGGCAACGGCAAGACGAUAUCCAUCAAAGCUCUAAUGCACACGCUGCUCAAUCGAAAGGAGCCAAUCCCGACGCUAUAUGUCAAAUCCGCACCCAUGACUUACAAUAUCCAACAAGUAUUUGGGCAAGCCCGAUCAUUAGCGCCAUGCAUGUUGAUCUUGGAGGAUAUCGAAACCAUUGUCACACCGGCAACUCGGUCGUACUUCUUCAACGAAAUGGACGGCAUUGAAGACAACAGCGGUCUGUUUGUCGUUGGCUCCACAAACUAUCUAGAGAAGCUGGAUCCAGGACUCACCAGCAGGCCAAGCCGUUUCGACAGGAAGUAUCUCUUUCCACUCCCGAACGAGCACGAGAGGACGCUCUACUGUCAGUUUUGGAGGAAGAAGCUGGCCCAUAAUGACACAGUCGAUUUCCCCGAGCUGCUCUGUCCGGCAAUGGCAUCCAUCACUGAGGGUUUCAGCUUCGCAUUCUUACAGGAGUGCUUCGUCGGGAGCAUGCUGUCGCUGGUACACAAAGCUGACGUAACGAGCGAUGAAAAGCAUGACAAGGACCUCGACAAGUAUGAGCUCUGGCGAGCCUUCAAGCAGCAGGCAGAUGUGCUGCGGAAGGAGAUUCGAAAUGAGUCUGAAGAAAAUGCUGUGCAUCAGCAGACGAAAUCAUUCGACACUGUAGGCCCUUUGCCAAUGCCUGCAAUCUCAAAGCCACCUUUCUCCAGCCCAGGGGCUCUUCACAGACCGCCACAGGGUCUGACGGGACUACUGGCGGGUGGCGCUUUUGAGCAGAGCAAAGGUCAAGAUCUUCCCAAUCUGAUUGGCAAGCUCGAUGUGCAGGAUGGCGGCUCUGUUGCUCGAUUGAAUGCAGGAAAGCGCACAGUCAUCAACCCGGCUGCGUACGAGCUGAAGUGACAAGGACAACGGUACACUUGUGUAUACGGCGAAGUAGUCGUCAGCUGAGGAGAGGCUGGUGGUGCGGGAGGACGGGAAGCUCGCUUGGAAGAGCCCGAUUUGAGUGUAGGCUUCGUCAGCUGAGAUAAGAGAGUUCACAGAUCGUCUCUUGGCUCCUUCAAGCACUGUCGUCAAGCAGUACAUAUCUGCGGGUAUAUCGGAGUGAUAUUGUAGACAAUUGAUUGUUCGGUGGAGUAGACUCGUUCAGCCACGAAUCACCGCCUCAUCGGAUGUUCAGACCGAGCACAAA